AUGUCAGGAAAGGUUAUUAUCUCUGCGGUCUCUCUGAUCCUUGUGGUGGGUGUAGCCCUCGGCGUGGUGGUUGCCGUGAACAAGAAGAGCGAAGACCCAGAAAUCCAGUCUCAACAAAAAUCCGUCAGAGUUAUAUGCCAAGACACCGAAGAUCAAAAACUCUGCCAUGACACUCUUAGCUCAGUCAAGGGCGUGAAUGCCACUGAUCCAAAGGCUUACAUAGCCGCUGCCGUAAAAGCAACCACUGACAGUGUCAUCAAAGCCUUUAACAUGAGCGACAGGCUCACAACGGAGUAUGGAAAAGAUGACAGCACGAAGAUGGCCCUCGAUGAUUGCAAGGAUUUGUUGCAAUCUGCAAUAGAAAGUCUUCAACUCAGCACUGAUUUGGUUCACAACAACGACGUGCAAAACAUUCAUCUUCAAUCUGCUGAUUUCAGAAACUGGCUCAGUGCUGUUAUCUCGUACCAACAAGCGUGCAUGGAUGGUUUUGACCGUGGAACUGAUGGUGAGAAGAAGAUCAAGGAGCAGUUGAACGAGCAGGGUUUGGACCACGUGCAGAAAAUCACUGCCAUCACGCUUGAUAUUGUGACUGAUUUGUCCAAGAUCCUUGAACAAUUCGGGUUGAAGUUGGAUCUUAAACCCGCUUCCCGUCGCCUUCUUGGGUCUGAGGCUGAUGAGGAAGGAUACCCUACUUGGUUCCCUGCUGCUGAUCGUAAGCUUUUGGCUCAGCUUCAAGGUAAGGGAUGGAGAUCACGAGUGAAGCCCAAUGUUGUUGUUGCCAAGGACGGAAGUGGUCAAUUCAAAACCAUUGCAGAAGCUAUAGCUUCAUACCCUAAGGGUUUCUCUGGUCCUAGAUACGUUAUCUAUGUUAAGGCUGGUGUGUAUGAUGAGUACAUCACCGUUCCCAAGCAAGCAGUGAACGUUCUCAUGUACGGUGAUGGCCCUCUAAAGACCAUUGUCACUGGUCACAAGAGCUUUGCUGGCGGCAUCACGACCAUGCAAACUGCCACCUUCGCCAACACUGCAACAGGAUUCAUCGCAAAGGCAAUGACAUUUGAGAACACAGCUGGACCUGAUGGUCACCAAGCAGUGGCACUUAGGAACCAAGGAGACGCGUCUGCUUUCGUGGGUUGCCACAUAUUGGGUUACCAAGACACCUUGUACGCUCAAGCCAACAGGCAAUUCUACCGCAACUGCGUCAUCUCUGGCACCAUUGACUUCAUCUUUGGCACAUCCCCAGUAAUAAUCCAACACUCUGUGAUCAUUGUGAGGAAGCCAAACGACAACCAAUUCAACACAGUGACCGCAGACGGCACAAAGACGAAGAAAAUGAACACUGGCAUCGUGAUCCAAGACUGCCAGAUCGUCCCAGAAGCAGCACUUUUCCCUGUGAGGUUUCAGAUUAAAUCCUACUUGGGAAGGCCAUGGAAGGAGCUCUCAACGACCGUUGUCAUGGAAUCCACUAUCGGAGACUUCAUUCAUCCAGAUGGGUGGUUCCCUUGGGCCGGUAAUGCUUUCCUUGACACCUUGUACUAUGCUGAGUACAACAACGAUGGUCCUGGUGCCAAUGUUAGCGGAAGGGUCAAGUGGAAGGGUUACCGUGGUCUCAUCAGCCGUGCCGAAGCUGAACAAUUCACUGCUGGCAAGUUCCUCCAGGCUGGACCUGGUUCUGGAGUUGAUUGGAUCAAGAGUCUUCAUGUUCCUCACGCCCUUGGCUUCGUCAAAGCUUAA